AUGGACCGGGUCAGGAGGUGGAGGACGGGCUGGGCUUUUCCCACCAUCCUGUUGUGUGUGUAUGGAUUCUUCAGCUCGGUGAAGCCGAUCGAACCGUUUCUCAUCAGCUACAUGACCGGACCGGAUAAAAACCUCACCAUGGAGCAGGUAGCCAAUCAGAUCUUCCCGGUGUGGACGUACUCUUACCUGGCCGUGUUGCUUCCGGUGUUCCUGCUCACCGAUUGGCUGCGCUACAAACCCGUCAUCGUGUUCCAGUGCCUGGCCCUGUUCGCCACCACGGCGAUGCUGAUCUGGGCGCGGGGCGUGGGCGCGAUGCAGGCCAUGCAGUUCUGCUACGGCGUGGCGACGGCGUGCGAGGUGGCCUACUUCUCCUACGUCUACAGCGUGGUGGAGCUGAAGUUCUACCUCAGAGCCACGUCGUUCUGCCGCUCCGCCCAGCUGGUGGGCUACACGCUGGGCUCGGUGGCCGGGCAGGUCCUGCUGUCGCUCCGGCUGAUGACGUAUCACUACAUGCUGGUGUUCACGCUGGCGCUCAUCUCCCUCGCCCUCCUGGCCGCCGUUCUCCUCCCCAUGCCCGCCGCCAGCAUGUUCUUCCACCGGAGAGCGAGCGACUCUGAGGACACCGGGCAAAACACCACGGGAGGCGACGACGGCAGGGCGGAGGUUACGCAGACCAAGCGGCAUGAAGGUCAGGAGGACACGGAGCAGAGAUCCGGAACCCUGACGGAGGAAACAGGCUGUAGAGAAGCCGUCCUGAAGCUCUGGCUGGAUUUCCUCAGCUGUUUCUCCUCCUCUAAGAUGCUGAUCUGGUCCGUCUGGUGGGCGCUGGCGACCUGCGGGUACAACCAGACCGUCAACUACGUCCAGGCGCUGUGGGAGACGGUGGAGCCCAGCAGGAACGACACGCUGUAUAACGGAGGAGUGGAGGCCGUCUCUAAUCUGUUCGGUGCGGUGGCGGCGUACGGCGUGGGGUUCAGUCGUGUGGACUGGUCUCACUGGGGUGAACUGGCCCUCGGCUCUCUCUCGGCUCUCAGCAGCGCCGCGCUCUACGUCAUGGUCUUCGUCUCCAACAUCUGGGUCUGUUAUGGCGGCUACGUCGUCUUCAAGAGUCUCUACAUGCUGCUCAUCACCAUCGCCAUGUUUCAGAUUGCGGCCGGCCUGUCGGUGGAGCGCUACGCUCUGGUGUUCGGGGUGAACACCUUCAGCGCUCUGGUUCUGCAGACGGUCCUCACGUCCAUCGUGGUGGACAGCAGGGGACUCGGGCUGGACGUCACUACACAGUUUAUUAUUUACGCCUCGUAUUUCUGCUUCAUCGCUUUGAUCUUCUUCGUGAGAGGCGUUUACACUCUGUACCAAAAACACACAAAAACUCUGUGCGCAAAACACACACACACUCACACACACACUGACACACACACUCACACACUCUCAGUGAAACUGUAACCAUGACACACUCACUCACUCAUGAUUUUUCCAUCGUGGAUUUAGAGGAACCUUCUGUGGUGAAGGCCGUUACUCACCGUCUCUGUGCAGCUCCUCGUCUAGCCAGCAGGGGUCGUAACUGCAGCAGUAAUGAAGAAUCCCCCCCCCAGCCUCACCCUCAGACACCCCCAAUAGCACCGCUGACAUCCUGGUUGGAAUCCGGGUUUGAAUGUAUUAUAGACCGCUGUGCCACCUGACCGCUGUAUUCUAACCACGUUAUUAAAACGUUAAUAAAACGAUGAUUUUCCUAUUAAAAUGUAUAUUUGUAUCCGA